AUUCAACCUCUCAAAGACGUCACUCAAAAUGGCGACUCUCAGGUCCGUGUCACGCUGACCGUUAAACCACGAUUUUAAAAAAAAGUAGUUCAAUCAGGGCCGUUUCUUCCGGGCAAAUCAUGAGUCUACUCUAACCGACGAGCGCCUCAUCGGGGUGACGACGCCAUGUUGUCUUCAGUAGUUUCCGUUGGCGCCGCCAGGUCGCUGGCCUCUCUGAGCAGGAGGCUGUCCACCAACCGGCCGGGCUCCCCGGGUGGAGCUCACCGCCCUGCACCCGAAGCCCGCGUUCCUCUCCCGGACGACGAGCCGGACGACGAGCCGGACGACGAGCCGCCCGCGGCGAAUUGGAGACCCGCGAAGGACCCCAGCGGCUGCUCCGUGCUCCUCUUCCCCGGCCAGGGCAGCCAGUUCGCGGGCAUGUGCAGAGGGCUUCUGAAGUACCCCAACGUCAAGGAGAUGUUCUCCGCGGCCCAGAAGAUCCUCGGGUACGACCUGCUGUCUCUGUGCCUGCAGGGACCCGAGGAGGAGCUCGCGAAGACCGUCCACUGUCAGCCGGCGGUGUUCGUGACGUCACUGGCUGCGGUGGAGCGGCUCAACCACGAGAACCCACAGGCCGUGGAGACGUGUGUUGCUGCUGCAGGUUUUAGCGUCGGAGAAUUUGCCGCACUGGUUUUUUCGGGCGCCAUGAACUUUGUCGAAGCUCUGUACGUGGUGAAGGUUCGUGACGAGGCCAUGCAGAAAGCGUCCGAGCUGGUUCCCAGUGGGAUGCUGUCGGUCAUCGGUAGACCUCAGGCAAAUUAUAAAUACGCGUGUGUGCAGGCUAAAGAGCACUGCAGGAGCCUGGGGGUCGAGCAGCCGGUGUGCUCCGUCGCCAACUACCUGUUCCCGGAUGGCAGAGUCUUCGCAGGGCACCAAAAGGCUCUGGAUUUCCUGCAGGAGAACUCGCGACGCCUCCAUUUCGUGAGGACCAACCCUCUCCCGGUCAGCGGGGCCUUUCACACGGAGCUGAUGGCGUCGGCUACUGAACCCCUCAGAGAGGUGCUCCGCCAGGUGGAGGUGCGCCGGCCCGAGAUCAACGUGUACUCCAACGUGGACGGCAAGCGCUACAUGAACGAGAGCCACGUGCGCCGGCAGCUGGUGAAGCAGCUGGUGUCGCCCGUGAAGUGGGAGCAGACCCUGCACGAGAUCUACGAGCGGACGCAGGGCCGGAAGUUCCCCCUGACCUACGAGGUCGGCCCGGGGAAGCAGCUGGGCGCCACGCUGCGAAAGUGCAACCGCAAGGCGUUCAUGGCGUACGCGCACGUGGAGGUCACCGCCGACGAGGACGACUGAACGUGGACCUCCGGGUGCAUUUCAGUUUAGUGCGUGACCGUUAGACCGGCGAGCUCCUGUGGUUGCUUCUUCCGGUCUUGUACGGUCAUUAUUAUGUAAUUAAAUGUUUGUUUGUUUUAAUUAA